UGCCUUGCAGUGGACAGCUGUCUAAUUAAGAGUCAAUUAGGAGUCAGACACUUUAGUCUCAGCUGGUCCCUCAGUCUUUCUGCAUCAAUAUCCACACAUAUGCCUCGCCAAUUCCCGAAGGUAACGCUGAGCGAGGCCGAGGAGGAGACGCAGCUGCUCGCCGAGAAGAAGUACGCAAGUGCGUUGAAGGAAGAAGACACAAAUGCCUUCACGAUGUUCACCGUCGCCGAGGACUGUCCGAUCGGACUCAAGCAAGCGAUGGAGCACGAGCUGCUUAAAGAGCUGGCGGAGCAGCAGUCGGAGGAGACGGCCAAGAGGAGGAAAAGCUUGAUGAUAAUUCGCUCGCGGUCGAUGUCCCUGCAGUGUCCCGCGACGACGCCAUCGCUCACACCGUACCUGUCCCCCAGCUCCACCUGCUCGUCCGUGCAGGAGAGCUGUCCUGAAUACCAGAGGGUCACCAUCAGUGGGGAUUACUGUGCCGGAAUCACAGUGGAGGACUACGAACAGGCUGCCAAGAGUCUGUAUAAGGCCCUGCUCAUACGGGAGAAAUACUCAAAGCUGGCUUAUCACAGAUUCUGCAGAACGACGGCCCAGUUCCUCUGCAGCGCUGAGAGCACCACGUGGAGCGAGGAAGACGAGGUUCGACCAGAUAUGUGCCCGUGUCCACUGCAUGGGGACGAUCCCUACAGCCUGGAAAAGAUCCCUGAGAACCGGAACUAUCGUCUGAAGAUGAAGGACGGAAUCGUGCACGUGUACGACAACGACGAGUCUCUGAGACGAAACGAGCCUCAUGACCUUCCAUAUCCGGACUUGGAAACCUUUGCAAUAGACCUGCGCCACGUGCUGGCGAUGAUCGCAGACGGACCCACGAAGACCUACUGUCACAGGCGACUUAAUUUCCUCAGUUCAAAGUUCCACCUCCAUGAGAUGCUCAAUGAAACCGCGGAACUGAAGGAGUUGAAAAGUGUGCCUCACAGAGAUUUCUACAAUGUUAGGAAGGUGGACACGCACAUUCACGCCGCCGCCUGCAUGUCUCAGAAACACCUCCUGACCUUCAUCAAGGAGACGUAUAAGACCGAGGCCGACCGCGUGGUGCUGGACAAGGCCGGACAGAAGUUGACUCUCAGGCAGGUGUUUCACAGCCUCAAUAAAGAUCCGUACGACCUCACGGUGGACUCGUUAGACGUCCACGCGGGAAGACAAACGUUCCACCGAUUCGAUAAGUUCAAUUCAAAGUAUAACCCGGUGGGAGCCAGCGAACUUCGGGAAAUCUUCCUGAAAACGGACAACUUCAUUGACGGACAGUAUUUCGCUCGUCUCGUAAAGGAAGUGUCUCACGACCUGGAGGAGAGUAAGUAUCAACACGCCGAGCCGCGGCUGUCCAUCUACGGACGAGGCUUAGAGGAGUGGGACAGUCUGUCCAAGUGGUUCAUCCGUCACAAAGUCCACUCUCCAAACAUGAGGUGGAUGAUCCAGGUGCCCAGGAUCUAUGACAUUUUCAAGGCGAAGAAGCUGGUGCCUAAUUUUGCCAAAAUGCUGGAGAACAUAUUCCUGCCACUGUUUGAGGCCACCGUCAACCCACAGAAGCACAAAGACCUUCACAUUUUCCUCAAAUAUGUGUCGGGGUUCGACAGCGUCGACGACGAGUCCAAACACAGCGACCACAUGUUCUCCUUCAAAAGCCCGAAGCCAGAGCUGUGGACUUCGGAUGAAAACCCUCCGUACAGCUACUACAUAUUCCACAUGUACGCAAACAUCAUGGUCCUCAACAACCUCCGGAAAGAGCUGGGCCUGAGCACGUUCCAGUUCCGUCCGCAUUGCGGCGAAGCCGGGUCGAUCACUCAUUUGGUCUCCGCCUUCCUCGCUGCCGACAACAUCUCGCACGGACUCAACUUGAAGAAGAGUCCUGUGCUGCAGUACCUGUACUACCUGGCCCAGGUGCCGAUUGCAAUGUCUCCACUGAGCAACAACAGCCUCUUCCUGGAAUACUCCAAAAAUCCUCUGAGAGAGUUCCUGCACAAAGGCCUGUGUGUGUCGCUGUCCACAGACGACCCCAUGCAGUUCCACUACACCAAGGAGCCACUGAUGGAGGAAUACGCCAUAGCAGCUCAGCUGUGGAAGCUCAGCACGUGUGACGUCUGCGAGAUAGCCAGGAACAGUGUUCUGCAGAGCGGACUUUCUCACCAGGAGAAGAAGCAUUUCUUGGGUGUGAACUAUCUGAAAGACGGACCCGAAGGAAACGACAUCCACCGCACCAACGUGGCCCAGAUCCGCAUGGCCUACAGACACGAGACCCUGUGCAACGAGCUGAGCUUUAUCGUCGACGCAGUGAAGUCUGAACUCCUCAACUCACAGAACGACUGAAACGGGAAAACAAGAGAUUACGCAUGCUGCACGACCACGGUUUGUCUUUAUGUGGAAAAAGUGCCAUUGAGUAAAUGAUGAUUAAACAGUGAGAAUUGAAACGUUGACAUGGUCAAAAGAAUGAGCAAGAAUUAGUGACAUCUAGUGGUUAGAAUGCACAUUACAACAAAAGGACUCCUUUACCUCUCUAUCCCGAGCAUGUCAGGGAACCACGUGGCUUUUGUAAAGUCUCCUCUGUGCCGGAACCUUCUGAUGUAGAUCAGCUUUUUCCCUCUUUCUCGCUGCUGCUGCUGACAACAUCUCACACGGACUCGACUGUUAAAAGGUUCUUUUUACUGCCAGGAAAUAAAAGUUCAAACAUAUUCAGACGCGCUCUGCAGAUUUUAGAAUGACCCGCCUUAGAGCAGGGGAAGUCAGCGCCCCCUCGUGGACACACUGGUUAACCAUCAUUUGUAUAAGUAAGCUCCCGUCCAUUAAAGGACCACUUCACCCAAAUAAUUUACAGUUUUUUUUUAUUAUUAUUAAUUUCCAGAGAUAACAGGAAGUUGGGAUUGAAUAUCCUGAAUAAAAAAUUCACUUCCUUAAAAGAAAAUAAAAGCCCCACACUGCUCUUUACUGUCAAGAUGCUG